AUGGCUCUGAGUUUGAAACACCGAGGGCAUUCUUGGAUAAGGGACUGGUUCUGGGAAGCAUGGGUCUUUCAGAUAUUCCUGAGAUGCUGCGUUCUGCAGAAGCAAAUGAUCUUUACUUUCUUGAAGAUGAUAAGAAUUCCCCAACUGAGUUCCAAGCAAGUCAUGGAGUAGAUUCCUUGUCUGUGAGAACCAGAGCAGUGGCUCAAUAUUUGAAGCAGUCACCUAUCACUGCUAUCUCAGAAAACUCAUCUGGAGAUCUCAGUUUGAAUAAGAUCUUAGAAGGAAAAACAAGAAAAUUAUGUGCUCGAAUGUUUUAUGAGACAUUGGUUUUGAAGAGUUAUGGAGUUAUUGAUGUACAAGAAGAAAAAGCUUAUGAAGAUAUCACUUUGAAGUUGACUGCAACUCUAUCUAAGGCCCAGAUAUAAGAAUGAAGUUAACUACAAGUUGCUAAAAGGAACAAGAAAGGAGCUUUUGGUUGUCAGAAAUACAAAUCUUUUGAUCUUCAGUAGAUAUGUGCAUAGUAAAUGCAACAUUAUUGGAACAAAGUAUCAAUGCAAGGCAUAAAUAUAUGGUCGCAAUUGCAUUCAUUUUGGGACCCGAAGAAAAACAAGCAUAUCAUUUUGAACUUCGCUACAAUAGAGCAGACUCAAAUUCUUGCACAUACACUAGCUCAAAAUAUUGAUCCAAAGUUUUGGGUCUGUUGUAUACUCUAUUGUCUUUCUGAUGACUUCUCUUUUCAGUCUGGUAUGCUAUGCAUGUGUGUUAAUAUUUUGGUAAUGCUCUGAUGAGUGGUGAGAGAGAUGAAAAUCUUGUAAUGGAUAUUGUUGACAUCUCUAAACGGUUGGCCACCAGAGACAGGACUCUCAAACCUUUAUCAUGUUUGGUUAGGGAAAUUAGAGCAGUUCUAUUCAAUUUUAUUGAUCAGUGUUGUUUUAUCUAGGAGACAUAGAAUGUAAUCCCAGCUAGCUACCCAAGAGGGGUGAAUUGGGUCUUAUCAAUUUAAACUUAAAAACUUGUUUCUUUUUCUUUCAAAAACUUAAAUCAAGUUUGCAAUUUAUAAGUUGUUGUGCAGAAUAAACAAAGAGUAAUAUA